GGCCGCCGCCGUUGGUGGUCGAAAGAGCAGGACGGUUUCAGGAAACCGUCGUCGCGACGUCACGACGGCGAGAACGCUCGCUACCUCGCUUAUCGAAGGGUGUCACGCGGAAAGAGAAUUAAAAUUCAAUCAGUUCAAGCAUAAUGGCAUCGCAAUGCUGGUUGCUGCCGCUGCUGAUCUUGGGAACCAGCGCGAUCGCGCUGGUUCCCGCAGCUCGCCAGUCCAAUCAGGAGUCCCUCAGGAGUGCCCUGGACGCCGUCGCGCGGAAACAGAGGUUCCUGGAUGAAACGGAGACGCCGGAAUACUACAACGAGCUGCACUCGUUCAAGUAUCACGGUGGCGAUGCCGACCGCAAGUUCGACCGCGACUUCGACGAGGAUGACGAGGAGUUCCUGAACGAGGAUAACGGACAGCCGGAAACGAUGGGGGAGGACAUUCAGGGCCUGAACAACAAGUUGUUCGAGAGGGCACUACACGAUUACCUGGAAGACCUACCCCAGCAGGAGGAGCCAGUAGCGUCGAUCUUCCGCGAGCGCGAGCUCCAGCGAAGCUCCAGCCGCAAACGAGGCGGUGCCGGUGAUCGAUCGAACCUGGACGACAAGGAUCUGGCGAGAUUGUUCGUGGAGGAAUUGCAGGACAGUUCUCCGUACUCGGACCGUUCUCGUCUGCUCGAAGAGAUGGACGACGAUGAUUAUUUAACCGCUUUACAAACACUUUAUGACAGAUACAGAGCUGGUAGAGGGAACAAAGUAUAUGAAACGGCAGGACCAAUGUCUUGGGGCGAGCUGCUUAGCAAGAGCUUGCCGCCGAGGGGCCAGACAAAGGGUGGCAACGAAGAAUUUAUGCACCACGAUCAGCAGAACCUUCUGUACCCAUCGCUGGCGCAACGCAGGAACGUAAAUGGUCGAUAUCCUAUCGGUCGCGAGCUUGGCAGUUAUCGCGGACUGGCGAAGCGCUAUUUGGUCGCUAAGAGAAGCCCCACCCAAACUAAGUUGAAGACCACGGAUCCUAAGGUUGCCCAAGACCUGGGAGCUCUUUUUGGCACGCAAUCCACGGAUAUACAUAAUCAUACUCACAAAUCGGAUCAUGAACACGAUCACAAACAUGACGACGGCCACGACCACGGUCACGAUCAUGAUCAUAAUCACGAGCAUGAUCACGACCAUGGCCAUGAAAACUCGUCGGAAGCACUGCUGAAGGUAACCCCGUCAUCAAAGGAUCAGAAGGAAAAUGAUACCAAGGCGGCCAAGUCGAAAUUCCUCCAAGUGAGGAAGAAGAGCGUCGACUGGUCGCAAUACUUCGGCAUCGAUCGAAGGAAGAAGAAAGCUACUUUCAUGGCCGGUCAGGGCACACAGAAUCAAGAUGAUGAGUGGAUGUUGCAACGCUAUUACGAGAACAUGGCGGAAAAUUUCAAGCCAAAAGACGAUGAGAACGAGCGUAAGGACAAACUUGAGCAGAUGGAUUCGAAACUGAAAUACAUCAAAGACUUGAUUAUCGAGGAAGCUUUGAAGUAUGCCAAUUUGGAGGAUGAAGCGGAUCUGCAAAAGGUGAAGGAUAAAUUAAUCUCGAGGAUGGCAGCAGCCUACUCGCUGCAAAAGAUGCGCAAGGCAUUGGGUGAUCUCCGCGACAAUGUUGCAGCGCUGAAGGAAGCGCAAAAGACGCAGAAAGAGGGGCAGAAUUUUACGUCGAAUUUCCGUGAAAACAACGCCAACAAUGCUAACAAUGGCGCCGGAAAUAAAGUUAACGAUAAACGAAGUGACACCGCCAACAAUCUGGACGAUGGAGAAUUUAUCGAGGAACCUAGAAGCUGUCCAGAACUAGACGCGAUCGAGUGGCGGUGCCGUACUGUGGACAACCUGGCCGGCGACACGUCUCGGAUGCUCUACGGUCAUUGCGUGAAGCUGCAGAUCUGCAAAGCUUGCGCACAAGACGAGGAAACUUUACUACCCUGUCUCGCCAACUACGCCGUGGAGGCCGGCAGAGUGUGCGACGCGCUCGACUCCAGGGAGAGAUUGCCGGCGGGCUCGCGACUAGCGGCCGCACGCGACGAGGAGAAGCAGUCGUGCGCGAACGCUGCACUGCUGCUGUCGCAGUUGCAGCCGCCAACCGCAGCGUCCGUGCAGUGCCGCGUGCAGAGUCCACGCGAUUCCUGUCUGCGGCACUAUUACGCGCGGUACGAGCACCGCUACUUGCGAACGUCACCUGUAUACGGUGACGGGCGAGCGCGUCUUCAUCAUGCGGGCGCACUUGACGUGCUGCAGCAAACCAUGUCCGAGCGAUAAAUACGAGGCGAAAACUCCGAUCCGAUUCGCGUCUGUCUCAGUCUGUCCUCAGUCAAAUGCGUCAAAUGCGUACUGCUGGGGCGCCGAUCAUCUGAAUAUUCCGAAUGUCGAUUCUUCCUGAUGAUCGAGUCUUUCCUUUCCUGUCUGAUUCGAUUCCGAGAAUAUGUGUGUGUGUGCGUGCGUGUGUGUACGUGUGAAGAAUAGAUUAUUUUGAUUUAUAAUUUAUAUUUGUAAUUUACGUUCUUUCGCUUGACACGAUCGUUGAUCUGCGGUUAUCCUCGUCUGAUGUGUCCUCAUGCGGAUUAAUCGGUGUAACUAAAGAAUUCUUUGCGGAUUUAUAGAACAAGUAGGUUCAAUUGAAUUAACAGAACGAGCGUACGUCUUGUCAAUUUGCGAGGUGUACUAUUCGUCCGGAUAGCUACCCUAAACUAUGACCUUCCACGACCGAAUAACGAUUAAUGAAUAAUGGAGACAAUAAACGAUGAUUGACAAUUACGACCCGCGACGAGAACCGAUUAUUGCAAAUUGCCCUUGAGACAGGUCGAAAUUCGUCGAACGAGAGUUGGAAUAAACGCCUCGCAGAUAAAGAAGUGUCGCAUGAGAAAAUCAAACGAUAUAAAUAUCUUAUCGGUGUAAAAUAAUUGCUAAAUAUCAUCCCGCAAAUAUCAAAGGAUGUAUUAAUUCCUUCCGCAUGUGCGAGAGAUCGAUUCACGCGAGCUGAUUCCGAGUUAAUGGCUCGCGUGAUCGACGCGAUUGUUUUCCGCACGUGCUCCGUGCGAUUCCACGUUCUUCUCGGAGACGCGCGUUUCCCGGAAAUGCGAUGAUGGAGGGAAAGCGAAUGGAAAAAAAGAGAGAGAAAGGCAGCUACUCAAUUAACCCCUUCGGCGGCAUUGACGCCAUAUGGCGCGAAAAAUGUAUGUGUCCAUGUCGGCAUUGACGCCAUAUGGCGUCCUUGUAUUUUUUUCGAUCGAUUGGGCCGAUCUUCAUAAAACUUAGUACCCAAAAGCUUUUUGGGUCGCUGAAUACGAAUCCAUAGUAAAAAUUUCAAAAUUCAAAAUGACGGAUCCAAUAUGGCGAUCAAAUAUAAUCAUAAAAUCAAAAUUUGUUCGGAAUGUUAUUAAAUCUGAUAUCUAAGGGUUUUUGGGACUGAUGAAUACGAACCUCAGAUCACAAUUCCAAAAUUCAAAAUGGCGGACCCAAUAUUGCGGUCAAAACAGCAAAAUCUAUCUGAGUGUUAUGAAAACUGGUAUCCAAGAAUUUUUUUCAGUCGCUGAAUUUGAGGUACAAAAUUGCAAAAUUCAAAAUGUCGAACCCAAUGAAGUGGCACAAAAUAAAUAAAAACUUGUUUCACUGACUAAGUUUUUGGAUGCAUCGUUCCAAAGAUAGUUUGGGUUCCCAAUUCUAAGAUACAAAUACUUGUCAGUUUUUCAAUUGUUCUUAGAUAGAUUUAGUGUUUUGACCACCAUAUUGGAUCCGCCAUUUUGAAUUAUGAAAUUUUGUAUCAAAUUCGUAUUCAGCGUCUCACAAACUCUUUAGAUACCAGUUUUCAUAACAAAUAGAUAGAUUUUGGUUUUUUGACCGCCAUAUUAUUGGAUCGGCCAUUUUGAAUUAUGAAAUUUUGUACCUCAAAUUCAUAUUUCGCGAGCCAAAAAAUCCCUAAAUACAAGGUGUCUUUAAAAUCCGAUUACUUUUUUUUUGGUGCCACCAGGGGCACAAACAGUGAUAUUCUGUUUGCCGCUGAAGGGGUUAAGCAGCUUCCAACAAAAUCUAUCUUCGUGAUUCUAUAUCUAUCACUGUCUAAUUAUAUCGUACGUUUACGUUGUACGGCGUUACAGAUACGCAGUCUCGAUGUGCGAGUCCUGUAUUCAGAUGUAAUAAAUAUAUUUCAACAUA